AUGCUCGAAGACCGAGAUGGUAAAUCCUUCGACGGCAAGACACGCCAACAGGUGAAUGACUGGUUUCUUGGGCGACCUUGUGCUGAGUUGUUGAUAGAUAAUGAGCGCAUUGAGAGAUCGAUUGAGCAAUUGCUGGGGCCCGGUUAUACAUUUAAGCAGGGAAACGACGGCAAUUUUUACGUGGGAGAUACCGGUUGGCAUCCGGAUCUGGGGUGGGAUCCGCACAUCCCGGAAGGGGAGAGCGACCCCAACCGAAACAUUGCACAGUGGCGGCAUCACUACCGUCCGAGCAUCAAGGUUGCGUUCUAUCUGGAUUCGGUUGGCAAGGAUACCGGCUGCCUUCGCGUUAUUCCGGGCGCGCAUCGGAAUCCGUACCACGACCAGUUGUGGUCACUUCACCUGAAUGUCCCUUCUGCCGUGUCCGAAGACGACUCCUACAAGUUUGAGAAUGUGCGUCCAAAACUCCUUGAAAUGUGGGAGCAGGCGACAGGUGAUAAGGAAGGUGCGGAACGAUUCCUGUCGGAUCCCGAUAUAAAUCACUUCGGAAUAGCACCGUGCGACAUUCCGAGCUUCCCCAUUGAAUCUGAGCCGGGCGAUGUUGUCUUCUUUAGCCAUCAACUUUGGCAUGCGUCGUUCGGAGGGCGUGUGGGUAGACGGAUGUUCACACUAAACUUCCGAAGCGCACUGGCUAGCGAUGACGGAUAG